AUGCCGCCGAAGAAGAAGCCGAAGCAGUCCCUCUCCAGCGACUUCGAGUCGGCGGAGGCGGCCAUCGCGGGGAAGGGCUGGGAGCGGUCGUUGGGCUGGAAGGUCGUCAAGGCGCGCCCGAGGGCCAGCGACGGUGGCGUGACGUACUACACGCUCAGUUACUGCUGCUACAAGUCGCGGCGGGACCGCAUGGCGAAGAAGUCGCCCACGCGGGAGCUCAUCACGACGUCCAUGGUCCCCGGCUGCCCCGCGCGCUGGCGCACCCACAACGAGGCCAACCUCGCGAUGGCCAAGUACGUCGCCGUCGUCGAGGAGGCGGGGCGGGCCGGGCGCAAGCGGAGCGCCGGCGGCGACGAGGGGGACGUCGAGGCCGACAUCGCCGUCGUGACGAUGCCGCUCGGCCUCACGUUCGGCGGCGACGGGAAGAAGGCGACGACGCUCGCGAAGAAGGCCCGCGAGGCGCUCGCGCUCGUCGGCUUGACCGUGGCCGACGUGCUCUUCUACGCGCGCGACGGCGGCGAGGCGGCGGUCGGCGGCGGCGGCGACGACGACGUCCCGGACGCGCCCGCGCUCGCGGCGCCCGCGCCCGACGGCGACGGCGGCGGCGUCGAGGACGGCGACGACGACGACCCGGACGUGCCCGCGCUCGCGGCGCCCGCGCCCGAGGGCGACGACGGCGGCGACGACGACGAGGAGGAGGAGGAGCUCGCGGAGGACGACUUCACGGGCUGCGGCGGCGACCUCGUGGACUGGACCCCGAAGGUCACGCUGCGCAGGCCGCGCGGCGCGGGCGCCGCGGCCGAGGCCCGGCGCAGGAAGCGCUCGAGCUUGGGCCACCGCACCAUGGACGCGCUCGCGGCGCUCAAGCGCGGCGCCAUGCGGCUCAUCGGCGCGGUCGGCGGCGCCUCGCGCCGCCGUCGCCACCAGUCCGGGCACCGGGGCGACGACGGCCGGGAAGACAACCGGAGAAGAGACGAGGAGAACCGACGGGCGCGCGUCGAGGAGGUCACGGAGCGCAACGCGAGGCGGUACCAGCCCAUGAUCGACCGCCUCCGCGGCCACCUGACCGCCGAGACGACGUACAAGCUCAGCUUGGCCUACGACCCGGAGGACCCGGACUCGCGCCUCGAGAUGUCCGACUCGGAGCUCCGCCGGACGCGGACCAAGGCGGAGUGCGUCGAGCGGUUCCUGCGCUACCUCCGCGACUUCAACACCGGCGAGCCAGGGUCGCUCACGGCGAUGGAGUGCGCGCAGAAGGCGGCCGACGAGGCCUACGGCAAGGUCGGCGCCAGGACGGUCAUGGGCUACUUCCGGAACCAGUACCUGCCCUCCGAGGGCUACUUCCUCGCCGACGAGCGGGGCAGCUACCUCCGCGACUCGUGGACGAGCUGCUUCCUGAGCCAGGACGACCUCGUGCUGCGGCUGAACCUCCUCGUCCGCGCGAACCUGCGCACGAUGUCCUUGGAGAAGCUCGCGGAGCUCAUGUCGGAGGUCAUGAUGAUGAAGAUCACGGACAACUUCGACGGCGGCGCCCCCACGGGGAGCAAGACGAUCCGCUCGACGCGCGCCACGACCGUCGAGCCGGACUGGUACGUCGACGGCGACGUCGACGGCGACGUGCGGGGCUUCUUCUGGAAGCGGUACGGCCUGUCGUGGCCCAUCAAGAAGGGCCACGGCGUCUACACCAUCGCCCACUCGGACAAGAUCCAGCUCGAGUACCGCGACCGCAAGAAGUCGUACAUGACGGACGUCCACGAACGCGCGGCGGACGACCGGAACAAACGAUUUUUGCCGCUCGAGAAGGAGAUGGAGGUGCUCCAGCACAAGUGGAUCCAGCUGUCCUUGGAGGAGGCGGAGAAGCUCUUCGUCGCCCACGAGAAAACCAAUCCCAACGCGCGCCAGGACCUGGAGCCGCACCGCGUCAAAGUCGAGAUCGACGGCGCGUCCGUCGACGCCGUCGAGUUCAACGUGAACGCGAGCUCGGCCUUCGAGGCCUACGUCGAGUCCAUGCCCAUGGGCGGCUCCCUGAGCGCCAGGCGGCCCAGCGACGCGCCGCCGCUCGUGGCGAUCGGCCAGGACGAGAUGUGCCGGCACAGCCACGAGUACACGUCCAAGUGCUGGACGCACAAGGGCGCGGCGCCCAUCGACAAGAAGUCGCGCGGGCUGGCGGUCCACGUCAGCGGCUUCGUCUCCCGCGCCCAGAAGAUCGGCUUUGGCUUCCCGCUCGACGAGGCGACGCUCGCGGCCAUCAACGCGCACCGCGCGGGCAAGCAGUACCCGGUCACGAUGUCCGGCGUCGACGUCGGCCAGGCCUGGAUCAAGGUGCAGGAGCAGCAGGGCGUGGCCCAGCCGACCAAGGACAUGCCGCCGCUGAAGAAGAACGUGCCCGCGGGGUACUGGGACAACGCGGUCGACAUCUGCGCCGUCGGCUUGUGGCACAUGAACCCGGGUGCGAACAAGGAGGGCUGGUGGCUGGGCGUCCACAUCAUCGUGCACACCUACGACGUCAUCCAGGCGUUCGAGUUCGUCUACGGGAAGCUCUCGGGCGCCGCGACGCCGUGCCAGGCCCUCUUCUACUUCGACCACAGCGCGCAGCACGGCCACUCGAAGCCGGACGCGCUCUCGACGACGCAGAUGAACCUCUCGUGGGGCGGCGACCAGCCCAUCGUCCGCGACACGGUCAUCGAGCGCUCGGAGGGCUUCCUGGGACCCUUCGAGCCCAUGCUCAAGCCCGGCGAAACGCAGCACGGCUAUUUUGAUAAUCCGUCGGCGCCGCCCGUGGACGACCCCGCGGCGCCGCCCGGGAACGGACGCCGAGCCACGGCCAAACCCAAACCGCCGAAGCAUGGCGCGGAGUACUACCGCGCAUCGGCGCUUUCCGAUGCCAACGCGACGGCGGAGGCGAAGAUCCGGGCGGCGACGACGGAGGCGGGCGUCGCGUGGGUCCAGAUCCCCGCGGACGACGCGAAGGCCUACGUGCAGGCGCGGUCGAUCAAGGAGCAGGGCAAGCGGGCGGCCACGGCGCCCAAGGACAAGAAGGUCGGGUCGCUCCGGGCGCGCGCGGCGACGUACCACUCGGAGAACGCGUCCAUCACGAUCGAUCUCGGGUCGAAGCCGCCGGGCUACGACGAGUGGCGCGCGGCGCUCGAGGUCCACGCGGCGAGC